AGUGUUUUCGAGCCUAGUCCCGACGCUGCGGCUGACAGCUCCAUUUUGUUGUCGUUGCCCGUCUCAGUCAGCUGGGUGAUUCCCGUGAUAGCGUUACAAGCUUUGUCUCCUUCGGCUUGGAGUCUUUGUCCAGGACGAUGAGACACUCAAAGAGAACUUACUGUCCUGAUUGGGAUGACAAAGAUUGGGAUUAUGGAAAAUGGAGGAGCAGCAGCAGUCAUAAAAGAAGGAAGAGAUCACAUAGCAGUGCCCGGGAGAACAAGCGCUGCAAAUACAAUCACUCGAAAAUGUGUGAUAGCCAUUAUUUGGAAAGCAGGUCUAUAAAUGAGAAAGAUUAUCAUAGUCGACGCUACAUUGAUGAAUACAGAAAUGACUACAAUCAAGGAUGUGAACCUGGAUAUCGCCAUAGAGACCAUGAAAGCAGAUAUCAGAACCAUAGUAGCAAGUCUUCUGGUAGAAGUGGAAGAAGUAGUUAUAAAAGCAAACACAGGAUUCACCACAGUACUUCACAUCGUCGUUCACAUGGGAAGAGUCACCGAAGGAAAAGAACCAGGAGUGUAGAGGAUGAUGAGGAGGGUCACCUGAUCUGUCAGAGUGGAGACGUACUAAGUGCAAGAUAUGAAAUUGUUGAUACUUUAGGUGAAGGAGCUUUUGGAAAAGUUGUGGAGUGCAUCGAUCAUAAAGUGGGAGGUAGACAUGUAGCAGUAAAAAUAGUUAAAAAUGUGGAUAGAUAUUGUGAAGCUGCUCGCUCAGAAAUACAAGUUCUGGAACACCUGAAUACAACAGAUCCCAGCAGUACAUUCCGCUGUGUCCAGAUGUUGGAAUGGUUUGAGCAUCAUGGUCACAUUUGCAUUGUUUUUGAACUACUGGGACUUAGUACUUAUGACUUCAUCAAAGAAAAUGGUUUUCUACCAUUUCGACUGGAUCAUAUCAGAAAGAUGGCAUAUCAGAUAUGCAAGUCUGUGAAUUUUUUGCACAGUAAUAAGUUGACUCAUACAGACUUAAAGCCUGAAAACAUCUUAUUUGUGCAGUCUGACUACACAGAGGCGUAUAAUCCCAAAAUAAAACGUGAUGAACGUACCUUAAUAAAUCCAGAUAUUAAAGUUGUAGACUUUGGAAGUGCAACAUAUGAUGAUGAACAUCACAGUACAUUGGUAUCUACAAGACAUUAUAGAGCACCUGAAGUUAUUUUAGCUCUAGGGUGGUCCCAACCUUGUGAUGUCUGGAGUAUAGGAUGCAUUCUCAUAGAAUACUAUCUUGGGUUUACCGUAUUUCCAACACACGAUAGUAAGGAGCACUUAGCAAUGAUGGAAAGGAUUCUUGGACCUCUACCAAAACAUAUGAUACAGAAAACCAGGAAACGUAAAUAUUUUCACCAUGAUCGGUUAGACUGGGAUGAACACAGUUCUGCUGGCAGAUAUGUUUCAAGGCGCUGUAAACCUCUGAAGGAAUUUAUGCUUUCUCAGGACGUUGAACAUGAGCAUCUCUUUGACCUCAUUCAGAAAAUGUUGGAGUAUGAUCCAGCCAAAAGAAUUACUCUCAAAGAAGCCUUAAAGCAUCCUUUCUUUGACCUCCUGAAGAAAACUGUAUAGAUGUAUAAUUGUACAGCCCUCUUGAGGAGAUCUUAUAGACUGUAUCAGUCUAAUUUUUAAAUAUUAAAUUAUUUUGUACAGCUUUGUAAAUUCUUAACAUUUUUAUAUUAUUACCAUGUUUAUUUUGUUUGGGUAAUUUGAUUCAUUAAGUAUAUAGCUAAGUAAUUCAGUAAUUGUAAAGUGAUUUAUUCAGAAUAAAUUUUUUGUGCUUAUGAA